CUGACUCCAGCGCCUGCUCCAAAAAUGGCCACGUAAAAACAUAAUUUGUUUCUAACGUUUCGACAUCCGCAAAUACGAGGCGAUUUGGAGCCAAUCCGAAUGAAAGUAAACAUACAAGAAUAGAGUAUGCCACAAAGGCAAGCCACGCAGAAGUUGGAGUUGAAAUGUGCGACGUGAGACACUCGGAAUAGAAUCGCGUCAACAUGGAUGAGAAGUUGAAGUAUUCGCUGCUGCGCGGUGAGCUGGUGGACACCCAAAGCAUCUGGACCAGGCACGAGAAACGAGUAUGGUUCAUCACCCUGAUUACGGGCACCUGCAUGCUAUAUUCCACCCGGACCACCAUGCCGCUGUUGGUGCCCGCAGUGGCAGCAGCUCAGAAGUGGAGUAAGACCGACUCUGGAACCGUGCUGAGCUCCUUCUUUUGGGGCUAUACUCUAACCCAGGUUGUGGGGGGCUACUUUAGUGACCGAUUCGGCGGACAGAGAGUGAUCCUCUGGGCGGCCAUUGGCUGGUCGCUUAUAACAUUCCUGAUGCCGACAAUUAUCUGGGCCGCAGGCUCUAUUAAGAGCUAUGCCAUUCCAUUCAUAGUGGCCAUUCGGAUUCUAAACGGCGCGUUUCAGGGAGUUCACUUUCCGAGCAUGAUUAGUUUGACCAGUCAGAACCUCUGCCCUAAUGAACGCAGCAGCUUUUUCGGCUUGUUAACUGCUGGCUCCGCGUUAGGUACAUUGCUAACUGGUAUCAUGGGAUCAUUCUUGCUGGACUACUUCGGGUGGUCGUAUGUGUUCCGGGUGAUUGGACUGAUGGGUAUUGCCUGGGCAUUAGUGCUGCGUUAUUAUGCUAUGGCGGGCGAGAGAAACCGUAUCAUUCAAAUCGGUACGCCCUCUCGUCUCUGUGCGAAUAAGAGUUUGGCGGAAACGCCGGCUGUUCCCUGGCUGCGCUACUUCAGUCGAUUGUCAUUCUGGGCCUGCGUUCUAACGCACGCUUGCGAGAUGAACUGUUUCUUUGUGCUGCUUUCAUGGCUGCCCACAUACUUCCAUGAUGGCUUUCCGCAUGCCAAAGGCUGGGUGGUGAACAUGAUCCCCUGGCUGGCUCUUCCGCCGUGCACACUCUUUGCCAAGCACCUCACCACGCAACUGCUCGCUCGGGAGUGGCAGACGACGACGGUGCGCAAGUUGAUCCAAAGCUUAUGUUUCGCCGCCCAGAACCUGGCCUUGUUUGUGAUGAGUCGCACCUCGGAUUUUCACACAGCGCUCAUUUGCAUGACCAUUAUUAUCGGCGGUACGGGCUUCCACAAUAAUGCCGUCACAGUGAAUCCUCAAGACCUAGCCCCGCUUCACUCUGGGAGCGUUUUCGGGUUGAUGAACACGGUAGGGGCCAUACCUGGCUUCCUUGGAGUCUAUCUCGCUGGUCACAUCCUUGAACUGACCCAGAGCUGGCCAAUGGUUUUUAGCGCGGCAGCCGGGAUAAACCUAGUGGGUUGGAUCAUAUUCAUGGUGUUUGGAUCAGCUGAAGCCAUUGUUUGAAAUUCUCUUGGACAUUUUCCAAACCGGAAGAAAGCUAUUUAUUGAUGUGUACAUGUAUAUUAGGGUGGAUCGGUGGGCAUUGAUGCAACGACGAAAUACAAUUUAUUUCCCAACAUCUAUAGAUCCUCCAAAAAGCCUCUGCAUCAAACGCAAUCCAUCCACGCACAUUAUGUAAUUGUAUAUAUUUAAGAACAUUAGUUCUAAGUAGCGAAAUCCUAUUGCUCCUAGCGUGAUAAAUAAAUGUUUAACCAUUAAAGAUUUA